AUGACGUGACUCCACGGAGCGUCCCCUCUGGCAUUGACGACAGUCUCGGUUUCCUGCCGACGUUCGGCCCGUGUUUCGUCAAUCUGUACGGCAGCCUAAGAGAGUUCACCGCCUUCAGCGAUCCGCACGAAGCGCUCAACCUCGGAAAAGGGGAGGGAGUUGCUUACAGAGGUCGAGUUUUACUGGAACUAACCACAAAACUGGCGGACAAGCCGGAGCAGAAAACCGAAGACAUCCCGUCAGAUGACCUGCUGGUGGUGGAGAAAUUUCUCAGGAAGAGGAAGUUCUCGCUCUUCGUAGCGUUUUACUCGGCCUCGCUCCUCCAGGACGUAGACGACGCCAUCCAGUUCGAGGUCAGCAUCGGUAACUACGGCAACAAGUUCGACUACACCUGCCUCCCUCUGGCCUCCACCACCCAGUUCAGCCGGGCGGUGUUUGACGGUUGCCACUACUACUACCUCCCCUGGGGAAACGUGAAGCCGGUGGUGGUUCUGUCCUCAGAGUGGGAGGAUGUCAAACCGAGGAUCGAGGCUCUCAACAUGCUGCUGGCCGUCAUCGAGAGACUG